AUGGACCCCUUCAUCCAACCCGCCAAACUCCAAGUCCUCCUCGUCCCCGUCCACCCGAUCAAGCGCAGCAAGUUUGAGCGCUACGUCCAGCUUAUCCGGAAGUUCGGGUCCAUACCGUUGGCGGAGGUGCCGCCUGAUCGCAGGGGAGAGAGAGCCGUCUUCUCCUCGAGCCCCACGACCCCCGGCACCCUCCUCUUCGACUAUCUCACCCCAACGACCUACGCCCCUCUCCACCCUCUCGCCUUCCUCUCCGAAUUCCAAGUCCACCGCCGAAUCCAAGGCAUCAUCGGGAUCCUCGACGCGAGCGAAUACAGCGACAAAGCGCUCGCCGACGCCGUCACCGCCUUCCAUGCCUCGCUACGAGAUUUGCCGAAGACGUUUGCGACGAAGGUUUAUGGGUUCGAUCCAGGUGAGAAACAGCUUGAGGAGGCGAGGGCGAUACAGGAGGGCGAGGGAUUGGUCAUGGUGCCGGCUGCGGGAGACGUCAGCUUCUUCCUCAAGACGGUGCUGGCAGACUUUGCGGGCGACAUCUUGUUCGAGUUCUCCAAUAUGGCUGCCCAACUCGAGUCGCGAACGUCCAUCCCGACACCGCAAGAAACGCCCGGCGCAUCCGCUCCUUUCUCCUUCACCCCGCAAAAGCCUAGCGCCAAAUCCCUCAUCACGACCUACACCUCAACCUCGACUCCCAAGCGCACCGACUCGCCCAAACCGUCUCCGGCUCCUCAACAACCCGUCAACCUCGCUUCUCUCGGUGUCGCCCCACCUCCACAGUCUCGCACAGCGAUGGGUCCGCUCGGAGGCAGCACCUCCGGGAAUCGCGAUGGCUUCCUCUACGGCGCGAGCAUCCAGACGAACAUGGCCGUGCAGAAGGAGGUCGUGCCGAGUCCACCGCCUGGCGCGCAGCUUGUUGAUGCGAGGUCACGGAAACGGGUUGCGGGUAGGGAGCGGAAGUUGAUGGGCGAUAUGUGGCUGUUGUCGGGCCGGCUGAACGAGGCGAUCAAUGCGUAUAACGACGCCGUCUCGCUAACGAAAGCCUGGCAGGAUCAGGCAUGGCAGGCGAGUGCACUUGAAGGGCUGUGCGUUGCGCUUGUCGUGCAGGCCUCGCAGCCGAAAGGCUCGCAAGGACAGCAUCCUCCCUCUCUUGUACCGCCACGAAGCGACUCUCCCGUGCCCGGCCUACAUCCCCCCGAUAUCUCAACCUUCCUCUCCGCCAUCCCUGACCGCCUCUCCCAAGCCAUCUCGCUCUACGAGAAGUUGCUCAUCCCGCUCGACCGACCCGCCGACGCUCCCCCACCAGAUCCCGAUCGUUCGCAUCCGCUCGUCUACGUCGAGGCGUGCAUCCGAUGCGCGACUUUCCUACUCGCCGUCUACGAAGCGCACGGCUCCAUCCCGCAAGCGCUCGAGCGACUCGUCUCUCCUGCUGCCGCCGCGUCUUCUGCCUCUUCACCUCCACCUAGCAGCGUCGAGCAGGCCCGGAAAGCCCGUCUCGCUGCCCUCUCUCCCUCGAACACCGUUCCUCGAUCUUCCAUCGCCCUCUGGGUCAGUCAAGCAUACUCGCCUCACCUCGCUCUCCUCUCCCUUCCGUCCCGACUCCGCUUGACCGCCGAGAUCGCCAGCCUUUUCGGUCGAAUCGGCUACCGACGAAAAGAGGCGUUCGUCCUGCGCGAGUUGGCGGCGCUUUGCGCCGAAGGCGUCGCAGGCAAGAGCAUCGAGGUCUUCGCCCCGUCGGGUCACUCGCCUAUACCGGAAGAGCCGCGAGAAGGGGCGAACGGGACGCCCGCCGUCGUCAACGGCUUCAAGUCGAGCGACGGACGCGCUCGCCCGAGCCUUCCGCGGACGAAAACCCUUGAUCGAGGCGGUAGCAUCGUGCGAACGAUGUCAGACCCGGCAGGGAACGAGUCAAUCGUACGGAUCGUCGAGAAGGUGUGCGAGGCGUUCGGCAUCCAGGUCGUGCCGCGGUCGCAGCGGGAGGAGGCGGACAAGCUGAGCGUCAUACAAGGGCGGACGCUCGAGAUCAUGGAGAGCGGGAACGGAGCGUUUGGCUGGCCGAGUUUGCAGAUUGGCGUGCUGAAAGAUGCGAUUGGCAUUGCGGAGGCGCUGCCAGACUACCAAGCCGCCAUUCGUUUCACCGUUACCGCCCUCCGCUCUCUCGCCGACACGAUGCCUCCGCACGAGCAGUACGAGCUGAGCCAGAACAUCCCGCGCGUCUUCGCUGCGGCUACCCGACGAGGUGCCGCAUUCAGUCUCGAGUACUGGGGCCCGACGCAGCUCGUCAUGAGUCUCGAGGUUGCAAGACUCCCAACGAAUCGGAUACCCUUCGAGCACGCUCUGCAAGACGCCGCGCCUGAACAAGCCCACGCGACAGGCCCGCGUAAUCCCUUCCUCUACGAUCCGCGCAAGCAAGUCCGCGCAGCCAAGGCUCGCCCUUCGCUCGUGCAAAACGAGCUUGCCGAAGUCUUCGUCACCUUACAGAACCCGUUUCUGUUCGAGCUUGAGGUCCAGAACAUUGAGCUCAGCACAUCCGGCGUUCCCUUCGCCUGCGAUCCGCUCUCCACCGUCAUUCCUGCCGGCUCCUUCCACACAGUCCGCCUCACGGGGACCCCUCGAGAACCCGGAACCCUCGUCAUCCGCGGCUGCAACAUCCGACUUGCGGGAUGCAGCAGUCGUGAGUUUCUGCUCCCGAUCUUCGAUGCGGCGGAGGAGGCGAAGCAGCAGAAGGCGGUCCUGCUUGACACUUCGCACGAGCGGAUCAAGGCGACGGGACUCGAUGCGGUUCCUUCGGACGGGCACGCCGCGACAGCUGUCCCAAGCGACAAGCCAUUGGCGGAAGGCGCCAAGUUUCUCGAAUGCGUCGUCGUUCCCGAACUGCCGCUUCUCUGGAUGCGACCGACGUCGCUCACGCACGGCGCGUUGAUGCUGUACGACGGCGAGAUCUCGACAAUUCGCAUCGGCCUCGAAAACACCUCGCCUUCGCCCGUCGACUUUGUCAAAGUCACGUUCUCCGAUUCGCUGAGUGCCUCGACGCAGGCCUAUCUCGCCGAGAACGAGCUUUCUGCGCCCGAGGUCUACGAGCUCGAAGCGGACGGCGUUCAUCGCCCAGUCUUCCGCUGGGACGGCUCGCCGAAGAUGACCAUCCUGCCUGGCGCCUCUCACGUCCUCGAGAUCCAGUGUCUCGGCAAGAUCGGCUGCAACUACGGCUCCAUUCAGAUCGACUACGGCUACCUCGACCGCGGCGUUGUCCAGUCCACCAAGACCUUCCACACCCGACAGCUCUUCUGCGACGUCUUCAUGACCGUGCACCGGGCGGUUGUCGCCCGCGGACUCGAGCUAUCGCGCCUGAAGGCACUGCCCGAAGGCUCGGCGUCGCACAGUCGCUCCGCCAGCGUCGUCAGUCUUGGCCAACGCGGAGCUGCGCUCGACAAGCGGCUCGAGGACAGCUUGCGCGACGUCGACGACGGCCAGCACUGCCUCGUCGCGGUGGACGUCAUGAACGUGUAUGGGAAGCCCUUCGAGGUCAAGCUCGAGCGGCAUGAAGACGAGAACGGCUUCUAUCAGGUCCGACAGCGCAUCGAGCCGGGAGCGACUCUUCGCAUGCUCGUUCGGCUCGACCGCGUCGAGCUUACGGAGGAGCAGCUGCAGCGACCCAUCCCCUCUUUGACCGAGCGACAAUUCGUCGUGGCCAAGGUCAAGCGGUCGACGGACGAGGAGCGCUUGGAGCGCGCCUUGUUCUGGUACCGCGAAGAGCUGCUUCGGCGAGUCCAGCUGCGGUGGAACGAGGUCGGCAGUCUGAGGUCAGGCGAGGUAUCGCUGCGCGGUCUCGCUCUCGACAAGCAAAUGCUCGACACCCUCCGAGGCGACGAAGUCGAGAUCGAGCUGUUCCUCGCGGAGAACCCGUCCUCCUCGCCCGGCACUUUCGAGCUGCAAGGCCGAGGGUCGCGACUAGUCUACUCUGCGGCGUCGAACGACUUCAUCGACGUUCGCGCCCGAGUGACCAAUCGUUGCGGAACGCCCCUGCGGCUCAAUCUCCGCCUCGAGCUGCGACCUCCCGACUCCACUCGCACUUCGCCCGCCGCGCUGUCUCACCUCGCCCGCUACGUCGUCGUCGAAGGCGUCUCGCCAGUCGCCAUGUCGGCCCUAGAGAGCGGCGAAACGGCGGAGGUGAUUGUCUCGAUCUGUCUGCUCGCGCAAGGCACGUACGAGCUGAGUUGUGUGGUGGAGGAGGCGGAAGCGAGCGAGGGCGCGGCUACGAAGCGGGUCUUCUCGGCGCGGGAACCGCUCACCUUGCACGUAGACCGAUGA